AUGCCUUCCGCUACCCAUAUUCUUCCAAAUCACCAAACGGCCAUCGUGGCCGAAGGCCCUGGGCAGCUCCGUGUUCGCCACGAUGCUCCCGUCCCGGCCCUCGAGCCGGGUGUAGCUUUGGUCAAGACUGCUGCCGUAGCCAUCAACCCAGUAGAUGCCAAGAUGGUCGACUACAGUCCAGUCCCGGGUGCUAUUCACGGAUACGACUUCGCUGGUACAGUAGUGGCGCUAGGGGCUGGCACUACACACAUCCAGAUAGGGGAUCGUGUGGCUGGCUUUGUGCACGGUAUGAGCAAGACGCGGCCGGACAUUGGUGCAUUUGCCGAAUACGUGUCCUCCCCAGCAAAUCUACUGCUGAGGCUACCUGCUGAUAUGGCCUUUGAGGACGCUGCUUCGCUGGGUCUGGGAUUAUUUACUGCCGGUUUGGGACUCUUCCGCGAGCUCCAAGUGCCCGCGUCCAUUGACCCGGUGAACCCCGGUCCUGAAGAUCAUUCCCGAGCAGACUUCGUUCUAGUUGCAGGUGGUAGUACUGCCACAGGAACACGAGCUAUUCGCUUACUAAAACUCGCUGGUCUUCGCCCCAUCGCUACUUGCUCAAAACGCAAUUUUGAUCUAGUCCGCCGAUUUGGUGCAGAGAAAGUGUUCGAUUACAGCAAUCCGGAUUGUGCCUCAGAAAUCCGUGCCUUUACUGGCAACACCCUUGCCUACGCCCUCGACUGUAUUGCUGCGGCAGAAACGACACAACUUUGCUAUGGUGCUAUCGGUCGGGCGGGCGGGCGUUAUGUCACCGUCGAGCCGUAUCGCGAGACGGUGGUCUCGCAGCGGCCACUGACCAUACAACCGUCCUGGCUCUUAGCCGUCACGAUAUUUGGACGUAAAGUGGAGAUGGAUGGCGAGUAUGCGCGAGAUGUCAGACCCGAGGAUCAGCAAUUCGCGGUUAAAUUCACGGCUCAGGUACAAGCAUUAUUAGAUCAAGGUAAGUUGGAUCCGCAUCCAGUCAAAGUGAUGGCAGGUGGCUGGGAAGGCGUUAUCGAGGGGGUGGAUAUCAUUCGCAAGCAGGCCAUGUCGGGGCAGAAGUUGGUUUAUCCUGUAUGA